GAGAGAGGAGCCCAGCAGAAAGGAGGAGGCGUCUGUGAGCAGAAAGGAGAAGCAAAGAGGAGCAGUGCGGCUUCUCCCCCACCUUUAAUAUGAAACAAGCUCUUUUCUCCUGAUGCACGGACGCGGCAGGAGAUGCAGUCAAAACUGAAGCUGCGACUGACGGGCUGCUGAUUUCUGGGAUUGAAAGCGUCGCCUUUUUUUCUCUCUCUCCCCUCCAGCCUAUAAAUAUACAUAUAUUUGGUGAAAUAUUCGCAGCAGAAAGAGCAAAUCGCGUUUAUUGCUCGCUGGGUGUUACAUAACAGAGAGGCUGUCGCUGUCCAAGGUGCUGAAGCCUAGAACCUGGGACGAGCUGAGGACGGGGCGGGUGGGGGAUUCACAACCUUGGCCGCACAGAAGGUCACGGGCCUGUGAGUCGUGAGGAGGAGGGAAAGCUCUGCAGCCGCUGAGCAGACGGGAGGGUAACUGGGUUAUAUUCUGAUUUUCCUCCAUCAACAACCAACCACCACCAUCACCGCUGGUGAAAAUACUUUUCUGAGAGAAAAUGUCGGGGCAGACGCUCACGGAUCGCAUCGCCGCUGCGCAGUACCAGCUAACGGGAUCAGACAUGGCCCGGGCUGUCUGCAAAGCCACCACUCAUGAAGUGAUGGCGCCCAAGAAGAAGCACCUGGAAUAUCUGGUGUCAGCCACCAACACCACCAAUGUAAACAUCCCUCAGAUGGCCGACACGCUGUUCGAGCGAUCUACCAAUGCCAGCUGGGUGGUCGUCUUCAAGGCUCUUGUCACCACUCAUCACAUAUGUGUCCACGGCAACGAGAGGUUCAUUCAGUACCUGGCGUCCAGGACCUCCCUGUUCAACCUCAGCAAUUUCAUUGACAAAACCGGCUCUCACGGUUAUGACAUGUCUACAUUCAUCAGGCGGUAUGCACGGUACCUGAAUGAGAAAGCCUUCGCCUACCGCCAAAUGGCUUUUGACUUCACCAGAGUCAAGAAAGGUGCUGAGGGAGUGAUGAGAACCAUGACCACUGAGAAGCUGCUGAAAGGCAUGCCUGUCCUGCAGACCCAGAUUGAUACUCUCCUGGAGUUUGAUGUACACCCAAAGGAGCUGAACAAUGGGAUCAUCAACGCUGCCUUCAUGCUUCUCUUCAAAGAUCUGGUCAAACUGUUUGCCUCCUACAAUGACGGAAUCAUCAACCUGUUAGAAAAAUUCUUCAAGAUGAAAAAAAGCGACUGUAAGGAGGCCUUGGAGAUCUAUAAGAGGUUUCUGACCCGGGUGACAAAAAUUGGGGAGUUCAUGAAGCUGGCUGAGACAGUUGGAGUGGACAAAAACGACAUUCCUGACAUCAACUAUGCUCCCAGCAGUAUCCUGGAGUCUCUGGAAACACACAUGAACGGUCUGGAGGAUGAAAAACGUGGAAAGAAGGGUGAAGGGUCUCCAACAAAGGGGUCUCCAACAAACAAUGUGUCUCCGACAUCGACCCCCGCCAAAUCUACCAACGCUGUCCCCACGCUGCAGCCUCCGCCUGGGGACGGUGCUGCCGCCGCUGGUGCUGCUGCCCCUGAACCAGCUGAAGAUUCUCUGUUGGACCUGGAUCCUCUGGCCUCCUCUGGUCCCUCGGCACCAUCAGCUGCUCCGACAUCUUGGGGAGAUCUUCUUGGAUCAGAAAUGGGCGACUCCUUGCUAUCUGAACCCCCACUCACCGCAGAGCCUGCCCCCUCCUCUGCAGCAGCAACGCCCACUCCUGCAGCGGCAGAACCCGGAGGCUCUCUAGCUCCUCCCACUAGCACAGCAGCCGCCACUUCUCCCGGCGCCGCCAAUACGGAUCUGUUGGGAGACGCCUUUGCAACACCUGCUCCUGCCGCCGAGGCCACUGCUGCAGCAGCAGAGGGUGGGGCUGCUGCUACGUCCACCCCAGCCGCAAGCGCUGGAGCUGAGUCCUCAGGAGGAGACGCCCCGGCAGCUGCAGCUCCUGCUGCUCCGGGUUCUGAGCUGAUGUCAGUGUUUGAUGGGCUAGGGGAUGUAAUGAAGCCCACUGUGACCCCUCAAGCAGGGGAUGUUGACACCUCCAUGGCUAACAUUGCAAGUAACCUCACAAUGGGAACUGCAGCGGCCCCUCAGGUAGCUCCCCCCAGUUGGGGUGCUCCCAUGGCUGGGGCACCAGCUCCCGGGGCGCCCAUGAUGCCCAUGGCCAGGCCAGGCUUCCCUGCCACUGGAGCGACCCCAGGAGCUCCGAUAUCUCCUGGGAUGGCCCAGAGCCCGAGAAAGCCUCCACCACCCAGGAACGCUCUGGAUGACCUCAAUAUUAAGGAUUUCAUGUAGACCCAUUAACCCCAAGGUUUGUUGUUGUGUCUGGAGCUCUGUGGAUAUGGAUGUCUGCACCCCCCCCCCCCCCCCUUUCUCUCUGCCAACCAGCCAUCAUCUCUUGAUCUUUUCCCCUCUAACUUCUUAUCAGCCUCCCUUCCUUAUCUAAUGUUGUAGCACAACUGUGAAUAUGAACCCUAGAUACAGAAAAACUGAAUUUAAGUGUGUGUGAGUGUGUGUGUAUUCCAGUGUUAACCUUUAAUUAAUAUACAAUGGAAAACUGAAACAAAAAAAAUGAUUAAUGUGUAUUUAGAUUCAUUCAGCAUAUCAGCUGACUUGGAACGGUGGAUAUAUGUUGGUUUCUUUGCGCAUCUCCCAGAKGAGGACUGUGUUAAUAAAUGUGGACUGUGUUCAAUGUAACUUCACUCGCUAACUCCCACUCCUGCCUCUCUCUACCCCCAAACUAAUACUGAGCUAUGUUUAAAUGUUAUUAAAAACUUGGUUGUACUCAUAUUUCCUUGGUCAUUCAUCUUCCCACCUGUGUACUUCAGACUUUUGGAAAACAGCUAAUCAGAAUGCACCACAACUGAACUUGCACUGUUAACCCGGACUUCUGGAACACAUCUGUGUUCAGUUUAAKUUUGACUUUUCUUAUUGUUUUGGAGUUGUAUGAAACAUGCAAAAAUUUGUGAACUGUGUUCAAAUUGACAUAUGCAUUUUAGGCUAUUUUAAAUCAUAAAUAAUACAUAUUUUCAGUGAUCUUUAUUGUGAAAAAAUAUAUAUUUUUAGUUACUUUGAUGUAUAAAAAAAGACAAGCAAACAAAAUUUCCCCUUCCUAUUACUUCUCUGAAAAAAAAGGAGUGGUAUUAGUGUUGCCAGAAUGCGUUUUGUUGCGCCCCCUGUUGGUCGGACAUGACACUGCAUUAUGGGAUACAGCAAGAGACAAAAGUGGGAUGCAUUGUCUUUGUAUCAAUACAAACAGUGUUAAUGUGAAAGACAUAUUAAGGUAAUGGGGWUUCAACUCUUUUUUGGGUCAUUUCUGUCUCUCAAGUCUUACAGACUUGCUGUAAAACACUCAAAUGUACACUGGAUGUUUCUCUGUGUUACUUACUUUAAAAAAGUAACUGUAUCUUAAUCCAUUGUGGCAUUAAAUGGUAUUAAUUGUUGGAAGAAAAAAAUGAGUAUGACACAUUAAAAGUAAAUGAAUGUGGAAACGUAACAUUUUUUAUUGAUAUGAAGGGUGUUUUCUUUAUUUUUAUUUAUUUUUUGUUGUUGUUUUCUGUGAUUUUUACAAUGGAUGGCAUCGUACUUUCUCCCCACCUGCAUGUGAGUCCGCAGUAGAAACAAUAAAAGAUGAACACACUGAUGGAAACAAA